AUGCUUUUAAGUCUACUGGUGAUUAUCUAUUUGGUUAAUAAUUCACUAUUGAAAAUUUAUGGAGAUCAUGUACCUUGUGAUAAACUAAAUCUUCAAUCUAAUAAUGAUCAAAAAACGAUUAUAUGCAGUGAUACAUAUUCAAAGUUUGAUCAUUAUUAUUAUUCCCAAGUAAUACGUUAUAAUCAACCUCUUCCAAUUGUUGAUAUAACUUUUCGUCAAAUCAAUGAUUAUGUUGAAAUUUUCAAACCAUCCUUCAUAAUCAAAUUUUAUGGUAUGCCCUAUGAGAAUAUCUCUAUAGGAAUUGAUGGCUUCAUGACUUUAAAACAUUCAAAUGAUGAAUACCCUAAGAUUGGGUUCAUCACAAUGCUUUUAAUUCGUGGUGAUACAAGAUUUCAAGUAGAGAUUGGAAAUAAUGUUAAAGCGAAUUGUUAUAUUUAUCGAAAUGGGAAGAUAUCUUUUUACUACGAGAAGAUACCUGAUAACAUUAAAGAAAUUUUGUUAUGGCCGAUGAUGAACAAUGGAUUAUGGUGCAGUCAUUCCACGCACCCUACUCCUAUAAAAAAAGAAUACAGCGUCAUUUUAACUCAUGAGUCCUUAAUCGAAGAUGGCACAUUAGUGGAGUUCGAACCUAUGUCAGACGUUUGCGACAUACAAAAUACUAAAGAUUUAUGCAUAAAUACAAAUAGAGCUGAAUCUCAGUGUUACUGGUGUUCAAUGAUUGAAAAAUGCAGUAAUGGCCGUGAUUAUCAUGCAGAUAUAUGGAUGAAGAACGGUUGCGAUGCAAAUGUAGGUGAUUUUGAAUCAUGA